AUGAUAUGGAACAUUGAUGUCCCCCGGUCCCAGCGAUAUCUGAAUUUUCAUAAAAAUGGCGUGGUCGGAGGGAAAUGGAAUGAGCCAAAGUGUGUCCCUGAAUGUUUGCUGUCACAUCUAGAGACGUUUGUGUGGACAAGAUACGAUUGGGGAAGAGAAGAAGAGAAAGAAGUGGCUACGUACAUACUAAAGAACGCAAGACAAUUGAAGCAGGCAACUUUCUCCACAUGUCCCGUUGAAUCAGAAGAGCUCAGCAAGUUGGAAGAGCUCAACAAGUUGGAAGAGAGACGUAAGAUGCUCAACGAAUUGUAUGUUGUGGUCAGGGCUUCAAAUUCAUGCCACCUUGUGUUUGAAUUCGACGAUCCAUCUUCUUAUUUAUUACUAGACUCUCCUUAG